UGCAUGGUUACUGGAUGCACAGAGCUGAUGUUAAAGGCCCGGGUAUUUCUUACAUUUUGUCUAUUCUCUAACAUGGUCAAAAUAUAGUCUGACAAAAUCCUCGGCAAGAUGAUGCACACGAGAACAUGAUUUUUUCAAGGCGGCCUAGCAAGACAGCAUAUAACGUUAGGAAUGGUUGUAGAAUUAUUUGCAUAUGGUGGAAGAACAGUGAACAGCAUUAACCGGAUGAUUACACAACUACUUCACUGACUACAUUUAUACAGUCCUAGAACUGAAACCCCUCGACCUCAACGAGUGUGGAUAUUUAGAUCUUUAAAUCCAUUAUAUGUGAAGCAAGUCGAAGAAAAAACUUUUCUUGAGAAAGUGCACUCAAUUUAGCGUAUAGAUUUUGAUAUUCUAUUUAAAACUUAAAAUGGCGGAACGAGCACUAAUCCGCGAAGCAAUGAUCAGACGAAGUCUCCGAGCAUCCCAUAUUAGGACACGAGAACGGAACAUCGGAGAAAAGCUCACCUUGGACUCAAAGGUCCGACAGCUUGAAAAAACUCUCCAGAGGAGAAGGCGAAAAGUGGAUAAGGAAAUUGACCAGGUAAAGACAAUGUUGGAUAAAUAUCACGAUAAUUCUAGCGGUAGUAGCGAUGAGAGUGACAAUGAUGAAUCAAAUACUGCAAUCCGGACACCCUACCAUUCUCUCCCCUGUACUCCUAGUAGUGCGUUAAGAGCAGGACGCGAUAAUUCGAAAAUGUCGUCUGCGUCUGCUAAAAGUCACGUGACAUUCGGACGCACGAGUGUGCAGACGAUAAAUUCCGAGAUGCUGCAAUACCCUGAAACAGCGGAAUUAAAAUCACGACAACGUAAAAACAGAACAUGUAGAUUUGAUUCAAAAACUGGCGAAUGUGCACAUUUUCCAUGUACUAUACCAAAGCAUUACAAUACAUUAGGUUACCAGAUUAUACCGCAUCAGAUGUUACCUUUGCUCACAAACUCCAACUCGAAAAGUGCUGAUCUAAUCAGAACUGAUAUUAUCAAAACAACAGCAAAGGCUAGAAAAGCGUUAAAGAAAGUUGUUGAAGAUUGUGAGCUGGAAUCGGUUAGAAGACCCCUUAGAUGCAAGAUUGACCAAACCGAUCUAAAGACGGAGGGUCUUACCAAGGCAAUGGAUCACUUGAGAUAUCAGAGUAUAAUUCAGAGACCACUGGGUCGUGAAGCAAAAUACGGGGAACCUUUUCCUAGAAAACAAGUUCUUAAAGCUGCCAGAGCUGUACGAUCUGACUUUUGAUAUAUUCUAAGUUAGGGAUCAUUGACAAGAUAAAGUUAACUGCCAAUACAGGUUUCAUAAUAAAGCGAGCAGUGCCAUUUAGGGUAAGAGUGACGUUAUCACAACGCAUUAUUGUUUCAUAAAAAAUGGACAAUGCCAUAUUUAAAAAUGGUGAUAGUAUAGUUGAAUUGCAAUAAAGAACCCAUCUUGAUAAUGUACUCGGAUUAGUAAAUGCACCCAUGCUUUGAAUUUUCAAUGAAAAAUAAACAGGAUGCUCUAUCCCUUAACCAUCUUUUCAAGAUUGAUCUAGUCCGCCUAUCUAGUAAGGUAGGGCAACUAUGAAUUUUUAAAAGAUCGUUUAGAAAGAAUACAAUGGAUUGAAGCAGAUGUAA